AAAACUAGAGAACAAGAACUGGGGGUCUCCAAUGCAUAUCUGCAGGGGUUCCAUCACAACCGUCAACCACACUGUGUCCAUGUGCUGCCGCCAUCUCUUCGAGAUUUUUUACUCUCAAGUUGUCGUAUGAGGUGCAAAUUUUGUGAUUUUGCCUGCACAAACCAAGAGGGUCUCUUCAAGCACUAUCGUCUGAGGCACGGAGGAGGAGCUAAUUGGCCCUGUGUUUACAGCGACUGUGUGUGCACUUUCCGGACCCACGGGGCACUGAAAACACAUCUUACAAGAUCACAUUGCAGGACAAGGAGAAGGGAGGAGACGUGCACUUUUUUUUGUCUUACGAAGUUAUUGACACUAGCUGUGUGGAUGUCGAAAUCCUGGAUCCUGAGGACUUGAAUCCUGAGGACCUACCAGCCCCUAACUGUAUACCAAGUUGCUGGAAAGUUGAUGGUAACCCCAAGGGCGUGUCUACUGCAUUGAAUGUAAUGGCUUUGUUGCUACGUGUAAACAUCAACCCCAAACUCAUUAGGAAAGUUCAGCUGACUAAACGCCCUGAAUCUGUGGAGCAACUACAUGAUGAACUACGGGAAAAACUUGAACUAGAAGGGGAUUUCUCUUUACAAUAUGAGGAUCCAGACUUUGAGAAUGCACUAUGCAACUUAAUUGACAUUGUAGAGUUGCCUGCAGAAAAGGCAGUCUUGCACAUUGUUUGGAAUAGUGAUGAUAAAUCACCAAGUCAAGCAUCCAUCUCUUCUCUUGAUACAGCCAGUAUCAGUUCGCCUAGCUCUUCCCACAGCACAUCCUCCAUUGUUCAGACCAUUUUGCGAAGUGCUUCAGAGUGGCCGUCUCCUUUUCCAGUUCCUUCAUUUGCAUAUGAUGUAGAGUUAAAGCUGCGUAAGGGAAAUGAGACAUUUCAAAAAACUGGAAAAGGUCUGAGUCUAACAAGAGACGCAAAAAUGGAAAUUCUAGACAAGCUGGCACAAGAAAUGUUUGCUCUCAAAGCUUACCCUGAUAAAAGUCAAAUUGAAUCAGUUGCUUCUGAACUUAUCUGCAAACAUCCAUGCCUCACGGAGCCUGGUAGUGGAACAGGAUAUGAUGGCUGGACAACAAGCAUCAAGUACAAGCUUGGGAAUUACCGAGCAAAGCUCCGGCAGGCUGGUUGUCAUGAGGUCAGUGUAAACAGGAGAAGAGGGCGGUCUGAAGAUCCUGAUAAAGGUGGCUUUUCUUUGAAAAAACCAAAGCGAGGCGAAGUCAAUCAUUUGCCUGAUCAUCCAGAAAACUUUGAUGAUGACACUCUAGAAGAUGAAAGAUGUGUUCUGGUGGAUGAAACCAAAAAGAAGCAGAAAGACAUGGAACUUAUCAGUCAGAAGAUGGAACUCACAUUUUCCCUCCGGAGAAAGGAGAUUAUUGAGGUGCAGCCCAUGGUCAUGGAAAUCCAGGAGAGAUGGCCUGCGCUGUUCCUUGAGGAACAGAUUUGCAGAGAGUUCUACCGUGUAACUACCAAGGACCUGUUGGGGAGCUUUAGAGCAGCCAUAGACACCUAUUGUCCUCGGCUACUCAAACUGUAUCGUGCCAGGAAAGCGGCCUUCGGACAAGACAUGGAGAGCCUCUUGGAUGUUCUUGAUGAACAGACAUCUGACAUCACAAUGCAUCGAAGUAGAGCAUGUCUAGAAGGUCUACCUCUUUUUCUCCGUGACACUUCAGAGAAGCUUUUCCUGAAAUGCCUGGACACCGAUCCAAAAGACAGACAAACAAAAGGAGUCCAAAUGGGAGUGCUCACCGUGUUCGUGGAUGAUGGUGCACCAGCCUCGCUUCAAACUGUUAACAGCAUUGCUGUGGUGUUGGAGGAGACUAUUGUGCUUGAAGACAUUCCAGACCUUCCCACUGCCCUAGCUUACCUCUUUGGCCUACUUUAUGCAUUGAACAUAGAGUUCCCAAGAGAUCUGAGAUAUACGUUUGAAGCAGUGCAGCACAUCUUUAUGGAGCUUACACCCUCUUGUUCACAGCGCGUGCGGAGCCUGAAAACAAAGCUCUUGCUGUAAGAAGCCUGACAACAACAAGGCCUUACAAGCCCAUCUUUUUUUUUUUUUUUUUUUUUUUAGUUAUGUUGGCUGGCUUUUGGGCCUGUUUUGCAAGCAAAGGACUCAUCCCUUAUUUUUCCACAGUUCUACAAAAAUGGGCUUUUUAUUAUUAUUUUUUUUUUUUAAGAAAAUAACUUUUUUUUUUCACUUGAUUAAAAAUGUCAACAUUAGGGGGGGAAAGCAUCAUCUGAAGCUAAAACUGCCAUGUAUAAGUAAUGUCCACCGUCUAGUGCUGCUAAGCUCAGGAUUGUUAUUAGAGUGCUUUGUGGUUUGGACUGUUUUAACAUGUUUCUUCAAACCAGGAUGUUUUUAGGAUCAGUCUGGAUCUUUUUGUUUGUGCGCAGUGUAUUUGCACCUGUAUUGGUAAAUAGAGAAUUCAUUCUCCUGCAUAUUUGCACUACUUAUAAUGGUGUUACUAAAGCUCAGGAUUGUUAUUACAGUGCUUUUGAAUUGUGGUGUAGUUUGGACUCUUAACAUGUCCACACCAGUCAACAUAUUUUUGUUUGUGUGCAGUGUACUUGCACUUGAAUUGGUAAAUAGAGAGUUCAUUCUCCUGCAUAUUUGCACUAUUUAUAAUGGUGUUACAAAGCUCAGGAUUGUUAUUACAGUGCUUUUAAACUGUUGUAGUUUGGACUGUUUUAACAUGUUUCUUCAAACCAGGAUGUUUUUAGGAUCAGUCUAUCAGUCUGCAUCUUUUUGUUUGUGUGCAGUGUACUUGCACCUGUAUUGGUAGAUACAAAGCUCAGGAUUGUUAUUACAGUGCUUUUGAACCGUGGUGUAGUUUGGACUCUUUUAAAGGGAUAGUUCACCCAAAAUUCAAAUUGCACUCAUUAUUUACUCACCCUCAUGUCGACUAAGGGCUGGGAAGCCACGGAUAACUCUGAAACUUCUCCCAGCUCUUAGUCGACAUGAGGGUGAGUAGAUAAUGAGUGCAAUUUGAAUUUUGGGUGAACUAUCCCUUUAACAUGUCCACACCAGUCUGCAUCUUUUUUUUUGUGUGCAGUCAACAGUAUUUGCACUAUAGAGUAUUCAUCCUCCUGCAUAUCUGCUGGAAUAUUGUAUUUAAUGUUUAAAUAAACAUGUUUUAUUGAACUAG